GCCUGCAAGAGGUGACUGUCAGAAGAAAUGCCGGUCCCAGGUGCCCUAGUACAUCAUCACCGGGACCAUGGCAACUCCUUGGCCAAUGACAAAAAAGAGGUGCUUCCAUGGCUUCGCCAGCCUUGCUAGAUGGUCGGCUUCCUCCUUGAUGCUCCUAUGGUUGCCUUUGGUGUUGCUAUGGCUGCCGUGGCCUGCCCAAGCUGAACAACUGGCCAGCGGGGGACAGAGUGGAAAGGCGCUUCUUCAUGGUUCCCUGUCAUCCCCAGCGUCGUCGUCGUCAUCGUCGUCGUCGUCCUCCUCCUCCUCGUCCACCUCCUCAUCCCCUUCCAGCUCCUCAGCAUGGGGCUUCAACACACGGCAGAGUGGGGGGCAGCUGGACUGGCUGCUGUCGGAGAAAGGACCUUUUCACAAAUGCCCGGAGUACACGGAGUUCAGAGAGAGGUUUCAGCAGGGGUUUUCAACAAGAUACAAGAUUUACAGGGAGUUCAGCCACUGGAAGGUGAACAGCUUGGCAACAGAGAAGAGAGAUUUCCUCAAAGCUCCGUUGCCCUUAGCACCAGAGUUCCUACGCAACCUGCGGUUACUGGGGCGGCGGCCAACCCUGCAGCAAAUCAACGAAAACCUCAUCAAGAAGUACGGCACCCACUUCCUGGUUUCUGCUACCCUGGGAGGAGAAGAGUCUUUAACUAUUUUCCUGGACAAGCAGAAGCUAAAUAAGAAGUCGGAGGGCAACAGCAACAGCUCUGUGGUGUCCCUGGAGCUGCUCCAUCAGCUGGCGGCCUCCUAUUUCACCGAUCGGGAGAGCACCCUGAGGCGACUCCACCACCUCCAGAUUGCCACCUCUGCCAUUAAGGUAACGGAAACGAGAACGGGUCCUCUCGGCUGCAGUAACUACGACAGCUUGGACUCCGUUAGCUCGGUGUUGGUGCACAGCCCCGAAAAUAAGAUCCACUUAAAGGGCUUGCAGGAUGUCCUGCCAGAGUUCCUCCGUGGGCGUUUUGUGGAGGCGGCCCUCAGCUACGUGGCCUGUAACUCGGAGGGUGAGCUGCUGUGCCGCAACAACGACUGCUGGUGCCGGUGCUCUCCCAGAUUCCCAGAGUGCAACUGUCCGUUCGCCGACAUCAAAGUCAUGGAGGAGAACCUGGAGAAGAACAAAGCGUCCUGGAACAACUUCAAUCAGGAGUUCAUGGAAUCAGGUAUGUGCAGGUGUCGUUUUCAGGCCGCAUGUUAGGCAGACUUUGAAGACGGACAGAAAAUGACAUUGAAUGGUGAUUUGAUUUGGUGUCAGAAACUGUUUAAAACAAACAGUAUUUCACAUUAUUAUGUUGAAAAGCCAGUUUCUGUCUCUGUAAAUUGGAACAUAAUUAAACUUUGUGAAGAUGCUAACCAAAGCACAUCAAUAUCUUUAGUCAUUUGGCGUGUUACGGUAUUCUGGUGUGGCAGUAUGUUAGUCGUUAAUAAAAAGCAGUUUGUCUUGUUGCCUGACAACAAUUUGUUACAUUAAUAUUGGGAAUUCCUGCAUUACUGUGUUGCUCUGCUUGUGCAGCUGCAUUUUGAGCACUUGGUUCUUGGUUCUGUUGGACCUUAGUCCAGCUUUCGACACUGUUGACCACGACAUGUUACUGAAUCGAAUGGAGAGUUGGGUCGGACUCUCCGGUCCACUGCUCCACUGGUUUGAAUCUUACAUAAAGAACAGGGA